UCCAUUUUCUAAUGUUAGAUUUUGAAAUUAUACCAGAGUUUGCAUUGGGAAAUGCUGAUUGUAAAUUUCUACUCGGCAUGUUAUUUAAUCAGGCUGUCUAUUUUAUACAAGAUAAUUGUUUGAAUAUCAAAGCGGUUCAAAUAUUAUACAGUGAUUUAGCACCAUUAUCUAUGGAUUUAGUUGUAAAUAUGUCUGAAGAUGGAGUUAGAUUAAUAUUUGAUUCAUACACACAGAGGCUUAAGCUAAUUGAGAUUUACAAUUUGCAAAAAAUUAAAUUAAAAUACAGUGGAAAAUAUUUUUGCACAACUGAAAUAAAACCUACUCUUGAAAAGAUUGAUAAUGUAUUUGGCCCAACAUUACCCGGGAUUUAUGAUCCAAAUCAACAAUUGUUUGUUUUGAAUUUCAGAGGUCUUUCAUUUUCCUUCCCAAUUGAAUCUCAUUUUCAACCAAAUUAUUCAAAUGGUAUGGGCUCCUUACAAUUUUUAGAGGGACAGACACCUAUUGUAUCUAAAAUUUGCAUUUAUUCAGGAGAUGACUUUGAUAAUAUGAAGUGCCCUCCAAUUUCACCUAUAUCUUUUGAAGGCGGUUCAUAUUUAGAGAAAAUAGAUGUCUUAAUCAAACAAGAUAAUAACACUGCCUAUGGUCUCAAAAUUGUGUAUUCUACUGAAGCCUUUGAUCCCAUUUCUACAACAAGUCAUAGUAACGAAAAAAUAACAUUUGAGAGGCACAUAUAUUUGGAUGAUCCAUCUCAGAAUAUCCAUUCUUCUUUGGGUCAAGCCGACAAGAUAUUUUACAAAGGGGAAGACAAAAUGGAAAUUCACAAGCAAACAACUUCCAACUUGCAAGCGCAUUGUUAUAACCCAUAUUCCGCCUCCGUUUACACGGAUUAUUUCUACAAUUAUUUCGACUUGGGAUUGGAUAUUUUAUUUGACGGUGAACACAAUAGGGUCAAAAAAUUUAUACUUCACACCAAUUAUCCCGGUCAUUACGAUUUCAAUAUAUACAAUCGGGCCCAUUUCGACAUACCCCUCAACUUAACUGCCGAUCAAAAUAUUUCUCAACCCUUGAUCACGACAUCUGACGACAAAUCAUUUUCAAACGAUCGCGAUAAAUCUGUCACCGAUGGCAUAUUUCAUAUCGAUCCAUUUUCUAAAUGGGACGAAAUCAAGGAAUUUUUCUCUCGAAAAUCUUCUAAUGACCCUUCUCGUCGAACAGAUGAAAUACCCGAUAAGCCUGUCGUUUUAAAUAGGACGUCUUCCGUGAAUAGUGUCAACCCUUUCGGUUCCACGUAUUGUUACGCUUUCAAGAAUAUAAUAUUCGAAAUUAUGCCAAAUAAUCACAUAUCAACAGUCACGAUAUUCUGCCCAACGACAACUUGAUAGAAAAAAAAACAAUCUAGAAAUCCAUAACAAACACGAUAAUAAUGUGUUUUUUACGAUUAUUAAUAAAAUUUUAAUUUUAUAAAUUAAAAGUACCGAAAAAUUUAAUAUAAUUUUUAGUCGUCUGUCCGGUAGAUGUUAUA